AUGAAUGUCACUGAUUGGAGCAAGUUUGUCGACAAAUCCGGAAAGUUUGAACGCCCGCAAACGACUUUCCACGAAUGGAUUUCCAGUAAGCCAGGAUCUAGGUUUCCACCCGAGAAAGGUCGAUACCAUCUCUAUGUCAGCUAUGCUUGUCCUUGGGCACACAGGGUUCUAAUUGCUCGAAAGUUAUACCGCUUGGAAGACACAAUCUCAUAUACCGUGGUUCAUUGGCAUAUUCAAGAUGGUGGAUGGCGAUUCGCAAACCUCGAUGACGAGGGCGUCGACGAAGGACAUCGUCUUCCACAUCCGGAUCACCAAAGCUUCACUCAUCUCCGACAAGUCUAUUACGAGUCGGACCCUUCCUAUCAAGCUAGAUUCUCGGUUCCAGCACUCUAUGAUUCAGUCAACAAAGUGAUUGUCAACAAUGAAAGUAGCGAGAUACUUCGAAUGUUUGGCACAGAGUUUAACAAUGUUAUCGACGAUCCACAUCCCGAAAUAUCCCUGUAUCCCGAAGCCCUCCAAGGAGAAAUUGAUGAGGCAAACGAAUGGCAAUAUACCGAUCUUAAUAACGGCGUAUAUAAAUGCGGAGUUGCUAGUACGCAAAAGAUGUAUGAUCUCGCUGUCACCGAACUUUUCCAUGCCCUCGACCGUGUAGAGGCGCAUUUCAAAACUGUCGAUGGCCCAUUCUGGUUUGGUAAGAAUGUCUCAGAAGUAGACAUACGGCUGUUUGUCACAAUCAUUCGCUUUGAUCCUGUAUACGUCCAGCACUUCAAGUGCAAUAUUUGCGAUAUCCGAUCCGGUUACCCGUAUAUACAUAAAUGGCUACGAAACCUCUACUGGAAUGUCCCUGCAUUUAGAGAAACGACCGACUUCCUGCACAUCAAGUAUCACUACACCAGAAGUCAUGUCCCGGUUAAUCCUUCGGGUAUUACCGCAAUGGGACCGCUUCCUCAUAUCCUGCCGCUAGAUGAAGAGGUUUCCGUUUAA